AUGGCCGAGAGUGUAGGUCUGGCCGCCUCAGUUGCCGGUCUGGUGUCGCUGGGCUUGCAGAUCACCGGCGGCAUUGUCAAAUACCUGGACGCAUUCGAAGGCCGUCACGAUGAAUUGACAAGCGUGAAGGAGCAGAAUGAUAACCUGACAGUUACUCUUCGAGCAAUGCAGACGACAUUGUCUGGUCUGCAGCACCAAAACCCCGAAGUCACCACCGCAGUAGCGCAGAACAUACAAAGUUGCGAGAAGGAGCUCAGCGCCGUCGAAGCUCUGUGCGAGAACCUUUCUGACGGUGAUGGCAAGACUUGGCCGAAGCGACUGAUGAACAACAAAAAGAAGUUGACCUAUGCGUUCCAUCAAUCAAAACUUCAACACCUGGCGCAGCGAUUACAGCAAGCUCAUGGAAUUCUUCAACUCGCAAUGGCCAACUUAGGACUGGAAUCCUCGAAAUUGAAUACAAACAAGUUGGCGGCAAUCGAGUCGGUUUCUCGGGAUCAAGCUUCAGACUUGCUCCUGAUCCGAUCAGAUGUAAUAGCACUGGCUACGCCCGUGGCCAACAUCAAUGAUCGGCUGCCGAGUCUACAGAGCAGUGUUGAACAAACUGCUCAACUCUUCGUCGCUCACUCCGGAGCUAUGACAGCCAGCAUUCACGAGAGCAGCCAGGUCGUCCGUCAGGACAUCCUGCAGUCACAUGACUCGAUUGAAGAGCGACUCGAAAGAAUCGAAAGUGAACUUCAGCUUCAAAGAGAACAGAACCAGUCUCUACAGACUAUAGCUCUCAGAGUGGCUUCCAAACCAGCAAUACUCAGGAGUUUAUGCGAUGACAUGCAAUCGCCAGUGAAGGACCGCAACCAAGGCAUUGCCUCAAACCUACCAAUCGUUCAUUCGAAAAGAAUGUCAUCAGACCCAUUACAGAACUCCUGGCCAGCAGCAAUAUCUGACAUGCUGUGCAUCUGUCCGCGCCCUGCAAGAUCAACCAUCAAAAAACAGAUGCAACGGGGCCACACAAUUUUGUCUGGCGAGUGGGAAUCCCAAGGUCACUGGCCGAGCUGUCCACUCUCAAAAACAGGGAGAAAGCAACGGCUGAAGGCAAGCUUGACGUACACCGGCCUCGCUCGUCUGCUGAAAUCCGUCAUUGGUAUUUCCCUCGAGUUGACUUCAGGAGCUGGGGGUCGCAGUAUCAGUCCAAGAUUUACCUACUAUCCAACUGUCGACGCCGACUCGGAUCCUGCUUUUCGCAUAAUCCGGAUGGUGGAGCAGUGCUGUGUUCGGCCAUUCCAUGAUGGGACGAAUAGAGAGCCCUUCAUCAUCGCUUGCUUGAAAAAGCUGGCAAGGCUUCUUGAAGAAAAACGAACAUACCCAACUGUUGUGGACCAGCAAAACAGGACCUUGAUGCACCAUGCUGCUAUUUCAAUCAGAGAGAUUUACUAUGACUGGGGAGACUCAUCGCCCGAGGUGACAAUGUUUGCCGCAAUUUUCCCGAUGCUACUCUCGUACGGUAUUCCGGCCUAUUCUUAUGACAUCGAAGGGACAUCGGCCUUACAUCACUUGACCUUCCAAGUUGAAGAUUGGACUUGGGAAGCCGUCGAUGCCUUAACACGGGCCAAUUUUGAAAGCCAGCCUUCCGUCUUGAACGGCUCUUCCACUGACAUCAUCAACAUCCCGGUUGGGAUGGAUACUAGCAUACUAUCCUAUGACAAGUUCCCUGAGGCUGCAACAGCCUUCGAAUGCGGCCCUUUGAGCCUGGCGGUUGCUAAUAGCGAUGUCCAUGGAGUAGUUCGUGUUUUGAGUCGGUUCCCCGAUUCGAUAGCAGAAGUAGACAUCUACGGGCGAAGCCCCCUUCACCUUGCAGCAGUAAAACCAGAGAUUCUUGACAUUUUAGUGAAAGCUGCGGACCUUAGCAUCCUGAAUCAGCGCGACAAGGCGGGCGCCACCGCACUCGAAACGGCGAUGGCGCUUAGCUCUAGGCAUUGCGUCAACGGCAGAGGCGAUAAGCCGGAAGGAGUGACGCGCUUAACGUAUGUGGAGGCAAUUAGGUUUAUGACAUUUGAAGCUCUGGGUCUCGAUCACCGCUGUUGUAAGCCGUAUCCUCUCGUCGAGGAGGGUGUGGAAUGGAUUGACAUGGAUGAUACGGAGAUCAUCGAAGAGCAAGAUUUUCUAGUGCAGUUGCACGAAGAGUUGGUUGUGGAAUUCACGGAGGAAGCUGGCGCGUAUCUAGGGGACGGACCAGACAAUCUUCCAUUGUUCCCUCAGUUUUGGAAAUCAUACUGGACCGAGCGCAUUACAGAAGAGUUGGAAGUGCUUGACGGCGAAGAAUUGACCGAUGCAGAAAGACGAGGCGCAGAGGAAAUCGGCGUUGUAUGGCGCGGACCAACUGAGAGCGUGGCCAGGAGUCUAUAUCAUGUGUGCGAAUUGGAGUACUUCUUUUGUGAGCUGGAUCUCAUUUGUCCCGAGUACAAAGAGCCGUGGCCAGAGGGAAUGCGUCCGGUACAUUGA